AUGUUCCAUGUUUUAUAUAAAUUUUUCUCUACAAAACCAACAGUUAUUACUACUAAUAAUGAAAGUAAUGAUACCGAUACACUUAAUUACUCUACAUCCAAUAAUGAUUUUCCCACUGCGCCAAUUCUCUUCCAACAAUCUCCUUCUACACUUUACAACAACACCAACAAAAAAACAUGCACAAACUUUCAAGAGCGCCAAGGAGACUUGUUCACCGACUCACCACCAACCAACGCUCUCGUCCACUGUGUUUCACAAGACUUUAACAUGGGUGGCGGAAUCGCCCGAGAAUUUCGUAACAGAUUCAACAGCAUCAAAGAGCUCAAAUCACAACGAAAAAAAGUCGGGCAAGUCGCCUAUUUGAAUCGUGAUGGUCGUUACCUGUUCUACAUCAUCACGAAACGACGUGUGAACGAAUAUCCGACAUGCGAGAAUUUUAUGCGUGGGUUGAUUGAAUUAAGACAUGUUUGUGAGAAAUUUGGUGUGAAAGGGUUGUGUAUGCCGCGAAUUGGGACGGGGAUUGAUAAAUUAUCGUUGGAUUUUGUGAGGGAAAGUGUGAAGCAUGUGUUUGAUGGAAGCGAUAUUCAAAUUACCAUGUUUUUUCUUUAA